CACAGUCGUACCCCAACCUUUACCACACUUGUACUUCGUCAUCAAUCAUCAAGAUGUCUUCCUCCGGACUGGAGCAGGAGACCUCGGCUGUCGCCAAGAAGGUGGCCUCGCCUGCCUCGAUGGACACCAUCGCCGCCUAUAUCAAUGGCCAAGCCACUUCGUCCAUGGUGGCCAACUUUCCUGUCGAGAUGAUCUGGCGUGUCUCGGAAAAUAUGGACCGCACGUCCGCUCUGAACCUUGAUCUGGCAUGCGGGACCGGCAACUUCAACAUGGUCAAGCAGUGUUUCCAGAUCGGCGGAGAGCAUCUGGUCAAUGACUACUUUGACCAGGAAAAGCUCUCCCAGAGCGUCAGGGGUUUCCGCAAGGCCGACGUGGAGAUAACUCCGCUGAUCAUCGCCAUCGACAACGGGCAGACGGACAUGGUCAAUUAUCUGCUAGACAAGGGAGCCGAUGUGAACAAGGGCUGCCCCGAAAUGACCGUCGGCGUGGACAACAAGGAAGAGCCUCGCGAUGAGAGAUACCUCCCCUUCUACCAUCUCAUAUUGGCUAUCGGGGCUCACAUCUUGUCUAAGAAGGACGGCUGCCAUCUCAUGGACCGCUUCAUCGAGAAUCCAAGCUUUGACAUCGACUCGCCAGUCAUGUUUGAGGAGAAAGGCAAGGGCACCACGGCCUUGAGCCUCUCUGUCCGAUGGUUCGCAAAUGUUAACUCCCGUCUGCCCUUCUGGGUCAUCGAGAAGCUCCUGAAAGCAGGUGCCAGUGUCAGGAAGAGCUCCUGGAACUCCCCCUACAACUUCCUCAACCCCAUGGAGGAUAUCAUCAUGGCGAUCCAAAUGUUCGCUAUAGAUGACCCGAGCUUGUCCUCCACCAAGUUGCUGAAGCUCUUUGACCGAUUCCUACCCUUGUAUCCUCUCGACCAACCCCUUAGCCCUGCCACUGACUACAUUCUGCCCCACCUCCUGAGAUUCAACGGGUAUGGUCCCAUCUUUGUCACAGUGGUGCAGAAGCUUGUCGCCGCCGGAGUGGAUGUCCACACUAUCUCCAUCCAGAGAGGACGGACGCCGCUUCAGCAUAUCGCGUACACCCUCCAAUGGUCACCCAUCGCGUCGUGCCGCCCCAUCGCCAGACAAUUGGCGGCUUGCCUUUUCGCAGCCGGCGCCACCCACUGAGUUCGAUGCGGACCAUGCCGAGUCACAGACUACAGUCUCCAGUCACACCAGACCUGCUUGUCUUUUGAGCUUCAAUUGGCAGAUUACGACUUCAGCAACGCCAUAAAGAUGCUGAGGUUAUGAUAGAGAACGGUUUUCGUUUCUGAGUUCCGGACUUUUCUGCAUUGAUGUUCAUGAGGAC